AUGAUUGAUUCGGAUAGCGAGACCACAAAACUAAGGAAAAAGCUCGUGAAGCACCUUAUCCUGGACACUGGAGGUGUAAUUGCGAACGUCAAUCUUCAUGAAAUAGCGGAGAAUUAUUAUGCUCCACAUGAGGUUGUCACGGAACUGCGUUCUCUGCGUUCCAAGAUCAGCUUCGAUACAUUACCCUUUGAGGUUAAAAUGAGAGAACCAUCAUCUGAUGCCAUAAGAAGAGUUGUCGAGAAAUCAAAGGAAACAGGUGACUAUGCAUCACUCUCUCUAACCGAUAUCAAGGUUAUUGCACUCACGUACGAUAUCCAUAACGAAUUCUGCAAGGAUCUUGACAUCAUUGUGAGAGUUUCUUCUUGGUUUAAAAACAGAAUCAGACCGGUUUCCAAUGGUACGAAGGCAGAUUCUGUCGGUCUUGAGUCUGGUGAUGCAGAUAUUCAUGCUGACUCUAUAGACGUUAGGCCCGAUAACGAGAUGCCUGAGGGUUUCUGUAAAAAUGUAGGUGAUAACAGUGAUGAUGAAGAAGGCUGGAUAACAGAGGAUAAUAUUAGUCAGGCUCUCAAGAAAAUUGGCGCGCUCGAAGUGGAAGAAGGCAUCGUUGUUGGGUGUUUGACAACUGACUUUGCUGUGCAAAACGUACUUCUGAAAAUGCAUCUGGGUCUGGUCUCCUUAAACGGCUAUCGCAUUAAACAGCUAAGGUCAUUUGUGCUUCGUUGUCGCGCCUGCUUCAACACCACUCCGAUAAUGACGAAGGAGUUCUGUCCCACUUGUGGUCACAAGCUCUUGCAUAAAUGUUCUGUGUCUGUGGACGAGAAUGGAGAGCAAGUUCUGCAUAUUAAUUGGCAACGACUUGCUGUCAAACGUGGUUUAAAACACUCUUUAGCAGCACCGAAGGGUGGAAAGCAUGCUGUAAAUGAGAAGUUGUUUGAAGGCCAACCAAUGCCCCAGAAUCGCAUGGCUGCGAUACGUGCAGAUCCUUUUGCUGACAGUCCUUUCCCAAUGCAUGAUGUUACUUCGAGGUCUGCAAUGCUUGGUAUCCGGGCUCUGAAUAGCAAGCAAAAACGUAGGAGGAAUCCGAACGAAGCAAGCAGUAGGAAGCGAAAAUGA